AUGGCGGACUCUUCUAAGCCACCGGCCGCCAUCCCUAUCGGCGGUGCCGCCGCCCCGGCGCCCGCCAUCCCCGUCAAGCCCGCCGUCCCCGUCAAGCCCGAGGGCAACCCGGCCCUGCGCAUGAUGGGCCUGCCCAACCUGCCCAAGAAGCUGCCCUCGCGCAACUGGCUCAUCUUCUGGGCCGUCUGCGGCAGCAUCUCGGGCGCCAUCAUCUACGACCGGCGCGAAAAGACGCGCGCGACCGAAAAGUGGCGGCGCGCCGUCGCGCCCCUCGCCGCCGAGCCCAUCGGCGCCGCCAACCAGCUGCCGCGCCGGCUGACCGUCUACAUUGCCGCGCCCCCCGGCGACGGCCUGCGCGCCGCCCAGGACCACUUCAUCGAGUACGCCAAGCCCGUCCUCGCCGCCGCCGGCGUCGACUGGGAGUUUGUCCAGGGCCGCCAGCAGGGCGACGUGCGCGCCGCCGUCGCCGAAAAGAUUCGCCGGGUCCGGAGGGCCGUCGAGCGCCCGGACGAGCCGCUCCCCGCCACCGGCGAGAGCGUCGUCGAGGACCUUCGCGUGCACCUGGCGCUCCCCAAGUACCAGGGCGUUCAUGGCGACGUCGUCUUUGGCCGCCACGCGUGGAAGGAGUACAUCCGCGGCCUGCACGAGGGCUGGCUGGGGCCUCUGGACGCGCCGCCCGCGCCCGAAGUCCAAGUCCCGGAGCCUGUGGUAACCCCCGAGACCACUACCGACGGCGAUGCUUCCGCGAAGCCAGAGGAGGCGGAGGAGAAGAAGGAAGAGAAGAAGAAAGACGAGAAGCCGAAACGCCCGCCGCAGCCGGUCCCCUACAACAAACCCGAAGACUACGACGCCGCCACCCUCCCCAGCACCAUCCCCGACCAGUUCCAGCCGUCCACCGCCAUCCCGUUCCCGCACCGUCUCGGCUUCCGCCACACCUUUGUGCGUCUCGGCUGGUUCUUUAACCGACGCGCCCUCGCCGACGAUAUCGGCCGCGAAGUCGCCGCCGUAUGCUUCGCCGCCUCCCGUGACUACCGCGACGCCGACGCCGAGCAGAGGGACCUGCUCGCGCACGAGGAGCACAACUGGCAAAAGUCCGUCUGGGCGCCCGAGGAAGUCCCCAAGCCGGAGGAGGACACGCGCACGCCCGAGGAAAAGGCCCGCCCGCCCAAGGAAAGGAUCUGGGCGAGCCCGCUGCUGGUCGACGACCGCAUUGUGCAGCGCAUGCGUCGGUUUGAGAUCCUACCGGAGCACGAGGCGAUUGCGCGCGCCGUGAUCGUGCCCGAGGAGAAUGUCGAGGGCUUCAUCAAGGGCAGCCUGCGCGGGCUGUGGCGCUGGGGCGUCAAGACGUGGACAAACGAGCCCAUGCGUCCCAAUGUGGGCAACGUUGAUGACGAAUAG